CCGUUGAUUUAAAAAAGUAGUGCAAAAAUACGCAUCUGAACCAAUCCAACUGUUGAGUUCAAUCCUUUCAGUGGUUACUCAGAGCUAGCUUAACAUUUUACGAACCAUCAAAAGCUCGAACUUUUAACGGACCACCUCUAUGCAUUAUAUUUUAAAAAUACCAAUUGUGGAAGUGAUUUUUUAGUAGAAACCAUUUUGUAUUUGUGUCCGAUUUACUUUGUCGAAAAUAUUAUUUCCUUUUCUUUCCAAAGUAUAAAAAAAUGACUCAAUAUUUACCCCCAAAUUUACUAGCAUUGUUUGCUGCUCGAGAACCAAUUCCUUACUUGCCUCCAGUUGAUAAGUUACCGUAUGAAAAGAGGACCGCAGGGUAUUCAGGAAUAGCUGCGUUCGUUAAUAAUUUUGAAGAUCCCUGUGACACUCCACCUCCUGUGAGAAUAGUUACUAGAGAAGAAAGACAAGAGCUAAGGAGAAAAGAAAAAGCUGAAUUAGUUGCUUACAAAUUAGAACAAGACAUAGCACUAUGGAAUCCUACUAAUAAUCCUACAGCAACACAAGAUCCUUACAAGACUCUUUUUGUUGCAAGAAUUAAUUAUGAUACAUCUGAGUCCAAACUUCGUCGAGAAUUUGAAGUUUAUGGUAAUAUUCGAAGUCUUGUUCUUGUGCAUGAUCAGAAUUCUGGUAAGCCUCGAGGGUAUGCUUUUAUUGAAUAUGAGAAAGAAAGGGACAUGCACACUGCCUAUAAACAUGCUGAUGGUAAAAAAAUUGGUGGUAGACGUGUUCUGGUUGAUGUUGAGAGAGGGCGCAUUGUCAAAGGCUGGUUACCCAGGAGAUUAGGAGGUGGACUUGGUGGAACUAGAAGAGGUGGACCAGAAGUAAAUGUUAAACAUUCAGGGCGUGAAGAGCCAAGAGGAGAAGAUCGUCAUUAUAUGGAACGUGAAAGAGAGAGGGGAGAACGAGAGAGGAGGAGAAGUAGAAGCCGAAGUCGUGAAAGACGCAGGAAGAGUAGGAGCAGGAGCCGUGAGCGCCAUCGUGGGGAUCGACACAAGAGGGAACGAUCCAGGGACAGGGAAAGAGUUCGGGAUCAUGAUGCUCCAGUUAAAACUGAAAAUGUGGAUGGUGCGGCUGAGGUAGCCCCAGAUGCUGAAAUGCCCCGCAAAGAGCGGCGUAGGAGUCGAAGUCGUGACAGAGAUCGCAGGAGAAGGCGAAGUCGCAGCAGGGACCGAAAACGCAGGGAAAGAGGAGGAGGAGAUGACAAGGAUCGAGAUAGUCGCCGUGAACGUGACAGAGAUCGUGGUGGCGAUCGAGAUGAACGAGUUAAGCCGACAUCCUUCCCCGAAAUGCCUAUGCCUGAACCUAGCCAAGAUGACUUCAAUAACUCUGGAUAUGAAGCAGAAUAUAAUAAUUAUAAUAAUAAUAGUAUGGAAGCUAAUAAUUAUGAAGGGUAUUGAGGAAUUUUAAUUGGUCAUUUCUGUGUUAAUGGUGUUUAAUCAUUAAAAUCAUACUUUCAUUUAUUUUUCCAAAAUUAUCAUUCAUUAAACAAAACAUUUUAUUUUCCUUAUCUAGAUUGCCCAUGUGUCAUAUUGCUAUGUAUGUCUAAUGAUAAAAAUAAAUAUUUGUUUUACCAUUAAA